AUGACCCUCCCAGCACGACCAGUUGUUGCCAUUGCCGGAGCCACCGGCCAUCUAGGCCAGCAUGUUACAAACGCCUUCCUUUCCUCUGCGUUCCUAGACAAGUUCUCCGAGAUUGUCCUUCUCUCUAGAAAAGAGCCGAAUCUCCUUCAGCCCUCCGAUGUCCGAGCCGGUGUGAAAGUCACAACGCGAAGAUACAACGAAAACAACCUCGAAGAGGCCCUCCAAGGCGUUCAAAUCCUCGUCAAUACAGUCGGGCCCGGAGGCCAUGAGUUCAAAACCAAGAUCGCAGCCGUAUUACCUCGAACCGAUAUUCGGGUUUACUUCCCUUCCGAGUUCGGUGUUGACCACUAUGUGCACGAUUUUGCUCAUCUGGAGUGGUACGAGAAGAAGAAACACCUAGCGAAUUCCCAGCCCGUCGUGACACACAUGAAGAUCUGUCGAAUAUUCUGUGGCUUAUUCCUAGAAGAUAGCAUUGGCCCGUGGUUUGGCCUUGACACCAAGAAUGGGAAAUACACGAGCGUGGGAUCUCCGCGCUCACCGAUUUCUUUCACAUCGCUCCAGGACGUUGGUAAAGUGGUUGCUUCGCUGGCUACAUUCCCAGAAGAGAAACUUCCUGAGAUUGUUCAUCUGGCCGGGGAUACUCGCUCAAUCUCCGAGAUUGCAUCAAUCAUGCAGGCUGCCGGAGCGGGGCCGAUUGAAGUGGCGGAGAUACCUUAUGGGGCAUACAAGGCGAAAACAACGGCUGAAUCCUCGUGGGAUCCAGCUGCUUAUUUGCGUUUCUUGAUGGGAGAUGGGAGUAUCAAUCAUUCCGCUGCUGGCCUUGGGAAUGAUAAUGACUUAGUUAAUCCGGGGCAGCGGCUAUGGAGAUGGAAGACGUUGGAGGACUUGGCGAGAGAGACCAAGGGCCGACCUUGGAAAGAUACUGUUUGGCCUCCUAAAUAG